CAUGAGGGCUCCUACCCUUGUGAUUACCCCGCAUUCUGAUCUCGAUCACCUGUUCCGCGUUCCCGUGCCUCGGGAUGCCGUUCCCCGGACCUGUCUGUCAACUGCUCGUUCCAACCACUCAUCCCGGCUGGACGCGACACUGAAGUAGGAAACGAACAUAAGUACCACCAUGGAUGCUUUCCCUCAAGACCAUGUGAUGCUGCUGACCCUUAACCGCCCUAAAGCACUGAACGCGGUUUCGCCUACAAUGCAAGGGGACAUCGAGAGGGUCUUGGACUGGUUUGACAACGAGCCCAGCUUGUGGGUGGUCAUCAUCAACGGCGAAGGACGGAUAUUCUGCGCAGGAGCCGACCUCAUCGCGUGGCACAAGCGUCGGAGCAACAACGAAGCGGACAGUGCUUCUGAGUUCAUCGACGACAAACACGGCUUCGCAGGCAUCUCUCGCAGGACAACCUCCGGGAAACCUAUCAUCGCGGCCGUCCAUGGCGGUGCCUACGGCGGCGGCACCGAUGAUGACGCUGUCUUCGCGUUGCCGGAGGUCAAGCGCGGCGUGGUAGCCAUCGCGGGCGGUAUGCCGCGGUUGGGGAGGAUCGCCGGUCAUCAGUUGGCAAGCGAGAUGCUGUUGCUUGGAAAGCCCAUCAAGGCAUCUGAUGCUGCGAGUCGUUUCGGAUUCGUCAACAAGGUUGUGCCCAAGCCAGAGCUGCUCCCAACGGCAUUAGCCUGGGCUGCAGAGAUCACGUCGAACUCGCCCGAUUCUGUGCAGAGCACAAAGCGCGCACUGUUGCUCACGAACCAACAUGCGCAUGUCGAGGAUGUCGUCGAAGCGCAUGUGCGGUCGAAGGAAGGCAAGCAGCAACUCGCGGGAGACAACAUGAAGGAGGGACUAAGGGCAUUCACCGAGAGGAGAAAGCCAGUCUGGAGCAAUCCAGCCAAGCUAUGACUUUGCACGGAGCUCGUGCGUGAGCCUCCUGGGUGUAUUUUGAGUACUCGUCGUCCUAACAGCGCUAUACAUACCCUCCCGUGCUCAGAAACCUGUGCGUCGCCGUGUUAUUAAUGAAAGGCAGGUGUCAAAUGCAUGUUGGAGACCAAUGGAUACUGUGUCGCCGCCGCA